AAGCCUAUUAGCAUGACCCGACCCACUUAAGCUUCGAAACAAGACACCUAAUAACUAGGGUUUCAUAACAGUUUAUGGUUAUUGCAGACCUUUUUGCUUUCAUCGCUUCUGCUUUGAAUUGAUCCGUAGUCAUGGCUACUAGACUUAUGUUUGAGAACUCUUGUGACGUUGGUGUAUUUUCCAAGGUCACUAACGCUUAUUGUUUGGUCGCAAUUGGAGGUUCUGAAAGCUUCUACAGCACAUUCGAGACUGAGUUAGCAGAUGUUAUUCCUGUGGUCAAAACAUCCAUUGGCGGCACUAGAAUUAUUGGGCGGCUUUGUGCUGGAAAUAAAAAGGGGCUUCUAUUGCCGCACACUACCACUGAUCAAGAGCUUCAACACUUAAGAAACAGUCUACCCGACCAAGUUGUUGUUCAGCGUAUUGAAGAGAGGCUAUCUGCCCUCGGGAAUUGCAUAGCUUGCAAUGACCAUGUUGCCCUUUCACACACUGAUCUUGACAAGGAAACUGAGGAAAUGAUUGCAGAUGUUCUUGGAGUAGAAGUGUUCAGGCAGACAAUUGCUGGUAACAUCCUUGUGGGUAGUUACUGUACCUUCUCUAAUAGAGGUGGCUUGGUUCACCCACAUACAUCCAUCGAAGACUUAGAUGAACUUUCAACACUCCUUCAAGUACCUUUGGUGGCUGGGACAGUGAACCGUGGAAGUGAAGUGAUCGCUGCUGGGUUGACUGUUAAUGACUGGACAGCAUUCUGUGGGUCAGACACCACAGCAACUGAACUCUCAGUUAUUGAGAGUGUUUUCAAGUUGAGGGAAGCUCAACCUAGUGCCAUUGUGGACGAGAUGAGGAAAUCAUUAAUUGACACCUAUGUCUAAGACUCUUAUACUUUCAUCACAGUCUUGUCCGAGUCUUUAUUUGUUUUUAUAAAGUUGAAUGAGUUAAAGACUUUAUUUAUUUGAUAAUAUCUCUUUUAUGCAAGAAUGUUGUAUAUCUUUAAGAAGCAUCUAAUUUUGGGCUGUCACCAUGAGGAGAUGUAUAUUUUCCCUUUGUUAUGCCUGUUAUACUUUGUUUUGUUGUGUAACUUGUGUUGGUUGAAAGUUGUAAUUUCUUCAGUGGCACUGGACAA